AUGUUCCGCAAACCCUUACCCACGACAGGGGCGCACAAGCUCGGCGGCAGCGACGAGAAGAAGCUCCGCAAGCAGAUCGUCGCCGCCUUCCCGUGCGCCGGCGAGGACGACGCGAUGGCGCUGGUGCCCAAGAAGGCGGAGCUGUCGCUGCAGAAGCUCGCCGCGCCUUCGCGCACGCAGAUCUACGUCGGGGACGGUCAACCGGUGUUCUACGAUACCAGCGGUAAGGGCGAUCUGUUUCCCACCGUGUUUGCGCUGUGGCGCGCGCCGGGGAUGCUCGGCGAGCCCGUUUCCUUCGGCCGCGGUCGGCUGUUCGCGGUCGUCGUGCCGGGCAACCCCGCCCCCAUCGCCGUCGGCGAGGCGGAGAUGUCCAGCGCCGAGGUGCGCGACGCCGGGGGCGCGGGGGGCAAAGGGCGCUUCUUAAAGAUCCUCACCACCUACCGAGACGCGCUGUGGGACUACGCGGCGUCGCACGCGUCGCGGCCGCAGCUCGUGCCGAACGAGGGGUUCCUGGAGAAGGGUGUCGUGCCACUGGGAAGUGCCGCGCACGACGACGCGGAGGACGUGGAGGAGGACGACGUGGAGGACGAUGUGGAGGUGGACGAGGAGGUGGACGAGGAAGCGAGCGGAAAGGGCGUCGGCGACGUGAACGACGCGGUCGCUGGACUUUCGAUCGACGCGGAGGCCGCCGAUGAAGGCGCCGAUGAGGGCGUCGAUGAGGAUGUCGAUGAGGGUUCCGGGGUUGUCGCCGAUCAAACGCCGCACCAGCUCACCGUGGCCGAGAUGGACGCGCUCAUCGAGUCCGCCGUGCUCCAGGCGCUCUCGAGGGACAAAACCGUCACCGACAAGUCCCUCCCGAUGCUCGGCACCGCGUUCUGGUCCCGGCACGUGAACCCGUGCCGGCCCGCGGGCGCCCCGCCUUUGGACAUCAAGCGAUCGUCGCACAAGAAGAUGAGCGCUCUGCUUAGGCACGUGCACAAGAUGGGGUGGGCGACGUGCAAGGAGGAUAAGCGAACAAAGGAAACCGCGGUGACGGCAAUCGUCAGGUCGCAUCCGGACCUUCGAAAUCACGUUCCGCACGAGACCGCCGCCGACGCCGACGCCGGAGCCGCCGCGGCGGCGGGCGCGGUGGAGGGGGGUAAACCGCAACCGCUUCGUCUCGAGGAACAUUACAAACCCCACGUGAACUUGACUCGCGUGUUGGAGGCUAUCGACGCGCCGACGGACGCGUUGUACACCGGCCCGGAGGCUAGAGAGUUGGUAGUGAAGUACGUCGCCGUCAAAGCACUGGACGCGGGCAAGAGCGUCACGCUGGAUCCGCAGCUGUGCGACGCGCUGUUCAAGGGGGUGCUGAAAAAAGGGGACGCCUUUCCCACUCACAUGUCCAAAUCCGACGUCACCAAGGCGUGGCUCAACAGGUUCCACCCGCAGACCGCGGUGGUACGGGGCGGCACGCGGAGCGUCAAGAAAGGCGCGCUGCAGCCGGUGCGGGUGGAGAGCGACAGGAGAGGCGGUGACAGGCGGAUCACGAGGGUGACCGGAACGGAGGCGUACCUGAUCGACCCUGAGGAGUUGGCGAGGACGCUGGGAAGUAAGCUCGCGACGGCGUGCGCGACGGGCGAGCUGGAGGGGAUCAAGAACGUGGGUAAACGCGAGGUUGUGGCGCAGGGGAACGCGGUGGAGAAGGUGGCGAGGAUACUCGCGGAGUGGUACGGCGUGCCCAGUCGGUUCAUCGACACCGCCGACAAACUGAAGGGCAAGGGUAAAAAUAAAUAGUGCUGAAUGACUGGUUACCGUGUUACAGAUUUUAGCGUAAUUGCCAUUGGAAAUUCCUGACUGAAUCCGAUACAGUAUCAUCAACUUAUUUGUAUAUAACUU